UCUCAUAAUUGACUCUUUAUCUCAUAAUUUCGACUUUGUAUCUCAUAAUUAUUGCUCAACAUUGGGAUGUUUUUUUCUUUCUGUGACGGAAACGGGCUUCCAUAGGAUUGAAAUUGAAUUGAAAGCUAACAAAUUAGCUUUCCCUUAAACAUUUCUUGUGUCUGUCAGAACAAAACCAGCGCAAAAUUCGCCCUUUGUCCAAACCUGAACCCGUGCAUGUGAAAAUCAGGGCAUAGUUAAAAUUGCCACAUCUGAUUGGUGCGUUGCUUCGUGACGUAACACUGCGCCGCAAAAACAAGGAAAUGACAGUCAGCGUCGAAAGCGGCUGCUUUAACCUCGAAGUCUGCGGUUUAUGACUUCCUGUGCGCGGCGCCGUCCGAGUCGCAACAUUCCCCGGGUGAUGUAGCAGAAUGUAGCUGCUAAUUUUAAUCCUCCGUGUUUGGACGGAGCUUUUGAAAUGAUGACUCGGCUCGGCGCUCGGGAAGCCUUGACUGAAUCCAAAACACCGCCGCCGUGAGCCCAUUUCGUCUGUCGUCUCGGCGGUCUGCUCCUCUGCUCCUCUUGCGGUGUCUUCUCAGCCUUUUUACAUGUCAGCGAUGCUUGCCACAAGAUCAGCCGAGGAUGAGCCCCAUGAGGUGGAGGAGAUGGACACACUGGAAGCCAACUGGUGCUGGUUCUACCUGGCCGAAUGUGGGGUGUGGCACAUGUUUGAGAUUGACCCCAGCGCCGCCUGCUCGGUGACCAGCGCCCAGAUCGAGCAGUGCUACAACCGGAACCAACGUGGCGUCAUGGAGUUCUACACGGCCAAGUACACCUACAGGCUGGACUUCUCAGUCAUGCGGCAGAUCAAUCUCACCACAGGGAAGCAGCGGCCGAUCAAACGCUCCCUCCACUCGGCCACCGGCUUCAGGUUUAUUUGCGACAACCUGGCCUUGCCCGUUCCGUGUCACUGGGAGAGGAUCAACACGGACGAGCCUUACCAGCUCAUCCAGCUGGGCAGGGACACGUACGAGUUUAAAGAAGUGGCCAGGCUCUACGAGAGGACCAUGGAUCGACCCAUCAAAUCCAUUCAGAGGAUCCAGAACUUGGACUUGUGGGAGUUCUUCUGCAGGAAGAAAACGCAGCUGAGGAAGGUGAAGCGUACUCUGGAUAUUGAGGAGCGCAUGUUGUUCCACGGCACGGGACACAACAACAUCCAGGCUAUCUGCAUGUUCAAUUUUGAUUGGCGGCUCACAGGAAGCAACGGCGACGUCUACGGUAAAGGGAGCUACUUCGCCCGGGACGCCAAAUACUCAAGCAAGUACUGUCACAGCACGGGGAAGCACAACAACAACCUGCAGCGGCACGGACUCGCCCCGCCGAUAUUCGCCAGCGAGCCGUCCUACAAGAGCAUGUUCCUGGCCAGGGUCCUGGUGGGCGAGUACACGCUUGGCCACGCCUUCUACUGCAGGCCACCCUCCAAGGACACCAGCCUGACCAACUUUUACGACAGCUGCGUGGACGACACGGCCAACCCCAAGAUCUACGUCAUCUUUGACAGCAAUCAGAUCUACCCCGAGUACCUGAUCGAGUUCUACUGAGCUUCGUCAGCGGGGACGGGGCGCAGCUUCCCAGAAGAGAGAGGCGGUUCCAGGGAUGUCGUGAUGAUCCUGUGCCUAAGUAGAGCAUGAAUAAUCUCAAGUGCCUUUUAAGGACAGCAGCUCCGGAGGACAAUGACAACUUUAUACCGCACAGAAACAGGUCGCCGAUGUCAGCUGGUGGACUUUUCCUGGUAUAGAUCUUAGUGGGUGUUUUGUGUACGUAUAUAUGCAGAACAUUGCCAUUGUCUUAACACGUGUCACGGCUAUUAACCACAGCGUUGCUAUGUAUGCAUUGUAAAUCAUCUUGUUAAGAUGUCGACAUUUCUCUGUGGUUCUCAUGAGGGAGGUGCCAAACGGGAUCGCCACAAGGUGGUGCAAUAGUACAAAAUAUGGUUUCAGAGAAACUCAAGUCAAUAAUAAAGAGAAGCUUGUGUUGAGUCUCUAUAUAAUUUGCACAUUGUGAAUUGUAAUAAUUUUACUUGUCACGUCACCUCAGAGUGAAGCUAAA